UGCAAACGUAAUUAUCCAACAAAUAUUUAACAUAUAAAUAAAUUUAAACCGGCUUCAAAUAAGUAGUUGCUUAUAAAAAUGCAACAUUGUAUUUUACAGAGCCUAUAGAAAAAAUCUGCUCAAAUUAUAUCGAUUUGUAACAAGAUUAAAUUUGUGAUAGCUGCUGAUUCUGAUAGUUAAAAGCAUAUUUACAAUAUGGCUCUAGCUGGGAAAUACGUCCACGUAAAAGAUGAAGGUUUUGACGACUUUUUGCGCUCGCAAGAGGUUAGCGAACAAAUAAUCCAGAAUAGAAAGAAGGAUUCGGAACUGGAGAUUCAAGUGAACGGUAAUAAUGUUACAAUAAAACAUAUUUUGAGUGAUGGAAAUAUUAGAAAAAUUGAAUUUGAAAUUGGAAAGGAAUUUGAUGAAAAGAUGGGAGAUCAUCCACAUAAGAGUUUAGCUUCUCUUGAAGGCAACAUCCUUACCAUUUCUUCAAAAUCAACAAUAAGUUCCAAAUCUGUAACUAAAACAUAUGUACCAUCAGCAAAUGGAUUAGAAGUUAUUCAUAAAUCCGCCAAAGGCGAAGGCAAAAUAAUAUUCAAACGGCAAUAGAAUGAACUAUUUUAUAAAAUAAUGAUGCAAUUUAUUUGUUAUCCAUUUCCUACGAUGGCUUGUUUGUACUCAAAUAUUUAAAAAUAAAAGAUAGAAUCAGAAA